AUCAUGGGAGCUGGGAGUGGAACCCUCAGUGCAGAUACUGGAGGCAAGAGCAGUAGUAUUUUGCAGAAUGCAGUCUUCACUAGCCCUCCUCAUUCCCUUCUUCAUUCCUGGGACAUUUAACCAGCUGGAUAAGGGUUUGCUUUUCAGGUUUUUUUCUUCCAGUUAGGCUACAAAAGGGAGUUUGGGUUUGGACUUGGCAGGGACGAGGAGGUCGGUAGUAUUAAUUGUACAGCCACUCAAUAGAAAUGUAUCUGAUAAUGUGCAUACCCAUAGUUAGCUUGGAUUUAUCAAAAUGCCAUGUACCACCGGUAACUUUAUAUGUUGUAAAUUGCUAUGUACAAGUUAUAUCUAUGAGUGAUCAUAGCUAUAACUUGUAUGUAGCAAUUUUGUAGAUUUGUACUUUUACUAAAGUAAAUGAUCAGAAUACUUCCUCCACAACUGUCUAUGAUGCAAACACAAUGCAGCUGCAAGAGGAACCCUCUCUGUAUCUGGGCAAAUCUAUCAACCUAUAAGAGCAUGUUUGACAGAGGAACUAUCUGGUCAGAUGGAAAGUACAUACUACAUCGGUGGGAAUUUAUGAGAUAAACUAGUAGGCAACCUGGCAGAAGCCUGUGCAAAGCUGCAUGGCUGCAUAGAUAUUGAAGGAACAGAUAAGUCAACUGUUCAGCCAAUAGAGCCACACUGAGCUGCUGCUGCUUUGCAUGCAUGUAUAGUCACUGUCCAACAGUUAUUACACUUGACUAGAUCAUGACAGCAACACAUUUAUUCAUAGUGGUGUGUGGCAGCACAUGUCACACCCCCAAGUGACAAAGGACCCUGUUUUGUAUUACUUUACUCAAGUUGUGUGACGAUGCAUCUGUUUUGCACCUGCGCCCUAUCCUUCUCCCUGCUGAUGGCGUCCCCCCUGGUGAGUGCCAGUGUGUCCAACAGCUUCAAAGACUGCCACCAGUUUUUCUACAUGCAGACACCACCUGCAGGGAUGAAGGGAACCAACCUGAGGAGGGUCUGCCAAAAGUAUGCAGACAAACAGCGCUACGCCACGUUGUAUGACAGCAGUCGGCGCCUCCCCCUCUACUCAGCCUACAUCUUCAAGAAGUCUGAUGGGAAGAGGAGGAUCGACACACCAUGGAUGUAUGAGCCACAGUUGGUUUCUGAUGAUGAGAGUGGCAACAUGAGAGCCCUUCCCCUUACUGAAGACACCCCACCUCUGAUUGAGGACAGCCAGGCUGUGCUGGAGGACUACACAGAUGCUGUAGAAUAUAGACGUGGCCCACUGAAUCCUGACCUGCACCAAUCACAGCCAGAUGACAAAUCCUCCACAUACACUCUGACUAAUGUAGUCCCAUUAUUCACAAACUUUCUGGACGCUUCCUGGAACCCAUACUUGGACAUCAUCCGCCGCCGCCUCAACAACUUCUGCCACGGCACAUCUUUCAUGGUGACAGGGGUGACCGUUUCUGGAGGGACCCUCAAACGAGAUAACAAAGACCGACUCGCAAUCCCAAAGCACCUAUGGCUGGCUUACUGCUGCCCGCGGUUUGACCAUAACUCUCCGUAUGAGGUGAGAUUCAUGUUCCCAAGUUAUGGGGGCUAUGCACUGAAUGAACAGACUGACCACAGCGUGGUGGAAGUCCCUCUAAAGACUCUAGAGAUCUUCCUGAAGAGCCAGUCAGACAUAGACAGUGACCCGACCAUUUUCUACAAGGGGUGUGUGCCAGAAAACAGCUUCAGGAAGAAGAGAGACCCGACCAGUGUUUCAGUAUCAUGGGACAAUCCUGAACGGGAUGCACAUGCAUAAAGUAUACCUGUAAAGAAAACUAGCUCGGAUCAACUUGAAUAGAAGCAGUGUUAGGUAUUUCUGGCUUUACAUAAAAAAAUACUAUAUUAAGGAGGGAAAGGGCCAUGUCAUGACUAACAAAGCUCUUCAUUUUUCCUUAGACCAGGCAAAUUUUGAUUCAGAUUGUAGCUCUCUAUCAGUGGUAGUAUGUGAGAAGGGGCCAUAAUACACAUACCAAUUAGCACCACCAAAGGAAAUAAUGUGUAAAUGCACAUGAAAAGGUGGACACUAGUAUCACACUCUAAUAAAAGGUAGAUGAUUUGCAAGAAACUGAUCUGAUCAUAAAAAAAAAUUAUCAAAAUCAAAACAGCAGAGCCCGAGGUAUCCUGACCUUACUGUCACAUAUCAGCCAAGCCCCCAGGACUUAGAUCCUACAUUUCCCAUCAUGCAAUGCAACUGUAUGGCAUGCAUAUUUCAAAGAAAAUAUACUAAAUCAGAUUAGGCCUUAGUCCAAGAAAUGGGUUUACACUACAGGCCUAUAUGUGGCAGCGCUGAACAAAUGAAGCGUCAAUGCUUCAGUAUUUUGCAAACUAAUCUUGUGAAACUCUAUGAGAAAUAUGUUACAAAAGGUGCUAAAAC